AAAUUACUUAAUGAAAUCCUCACAAUGUAAAUCCUUACACACAUAUUCUUUAAAGUUAAAAUUAAUAAGAAAAACGAGUUGUCCUCUUGUUGGUACGGUCCUGAAAGAAGUGCCGUUAUACCUGCUGGUGCGUUGAACCACGUACGUGUCAUAGGAUAGUACGAAGGGGAAGACGUUUCUUAGUCGUUCGAAGCGGUAUAUUGGUGCGUUUACGUUCUUCAAAUCCUUUACAAAUAAGGCAACAAUACGAGUUUUUGUAUGAGUGAAAAUACAUAAAUAGUGUCGAUAAAUUUAAAUAAAAAAUAAGAAUAUAUUGUAUUAUACAUCAAAGAAAUUCGAAAGAAGUGUCCUACAAGAAACGACUCUAUUAUUCGAUACAAAUAAAAUGUAAAUAAUAAAAAUGAAGAUAACGCAAGGAUAACAUUUUUACUCGAUUAAUUAACAAAUUCUAUAAAUAAUUGAAAAUAAACUGGCACACUUAAGAAAAAGAAAAAGAAAAAAAUAUAAACGAAAAUGAUGGACAACUCGAAGACUCAGGAUAAAAGAAUUCAAGGACGGAAGUCGAAGUUUUGGGCAUACGUUUUUUGGCUUUUCGGCGGUUUCAUCGGAGCUCAUCAUAUUUAUUUAGACAGAGACGAUCAUGCCUUUUUAUAUAUAAGCACUUUCGGUGGUUAUCUAGGACUCGGAUGGUUUUGGGACAUUUUUAAAAUUCCAUCGUACGUGGUAGAUGCCAACGAUGAUCCAAAAUUUAUCGAAGAAUUUAAACGCAAAGUUAAAACCAACCGCAAGCCGUCGUUUUCAACCGUACGAUUCACUGCUGCAAAUGCAGUUGCUUAUUUCUGGGCUGAAAUUUAUUGCAGUGCUAUACCGGAAGAUGAGAUAUAUGGAAUUAAUUUUCGGCAGUUAAUAAUUCUAACACCAAUAAUAAUUGCUCUAGGAGUUUGGACAGUUGGAAAUGUCGGUAGAGAAGGGGGUACAAUAUGGGCAGCACUUAUUUCAGCUUAUCUCGUUUAUCCAACACUGUACUACAUCGGAGAUGACACUACUUGGGUAUUUCUCAUGGUGGUGACAUCAAGUUUAGCGUUCGACACUUUCAGCAAACGAUGGCGUUUAAAACCAAAAAAGAAGAGAGGAUGGGUCAGAAGAAUGUUCGCUUUAUCCUUAGCUAUUAUCUUGUAUUUUUCAUUGAUUGGCAGUUAUCUGUACUUCAAUGCUAUUAUCACCGACAGUGAAGGUGAAGAAAUAAAAUUGUCCGAUGCGAUUCGGCACUUCCUUACUUCACCUAUUUGGCUUGACCUUAAGGCAAGUUUAAAAGCAACCUGGAAUCAAGCGGUUCAUCAAGGAUUUUGGGCAACGUGGGCUCAAAUCGUGGACUUAUCCGAUCCACGAGGAGAAAUAAACGCUUAUAAGGUCCUUGAUCUAUCCCCAUCAGCUUCGCAAAAUGAAAUUACGGCCAAGUGGAGAACUCUUUCAAGAGAUAAUCAUCCGGAUAAAGUUAAGGGAACGCAAGAAGAGAGGCGAAAGGCUCAAGAAAAGUUUAUGGAAAUACAGCAAGCCUAUGAAAUAUUAUCCAAGGCUAAGAAUCGAAGGCAGCGCCGAAAUCGAAGAUCGGAAUGAACGAUUUUCGGGUGAAGUAUCUUGGAGAACAAGCUGCUUCUAAUAUCAAACGAGACGUUUAUUUAAACAAUCGUGUGAUAAUCGUAAUAGUCCAUACAAAAGUUUCAUACCACAUGUACUUAAAAGAAGUUUAACAUCAUUCAUUAAGAGUAAACACUCGUUCGGGCAAAUCGCCAAGCUGCUUUCUUCGACGUCGUUGCUCUCAGGAUAAAUAUUUAAAACGUCUAAGGACAACGUGACUCCACUUAUGGUAAUCGACGUAAUUCCAGCAUUCAGUUUAUCAUCCGGAACCAAAAAAAAAUAUUUUUCAUCGAGUGCCCCUGACCGCAUCGAAGCAAUCAGUUGAUGAUCUAAAAA